AUGACAACCAUUUCAGGGCCUCCAACCUUGCUUGUGACCUCAACUAUUUCUACGUUAGAGAAAUGCAAAACCAUACAUGAAACGCGCCAAAUUCACGCCCACAUGAUCAAGACAAACCUCGUCAAUCACACAUUCACCGUAGGUAAACUCAUUGCUCUUUGUUCCCUCUCCGGUCUCUCCGGUGGCUUAGACUAUGCUUUGUCAGUCUUCAGUCAAAUCCGAAACCCAAAUGCUUUUAUCUUCUUCGCACUGAUAAAGGGUUUUUCUGAGAGCUCAAACCCAUUACAGUCUAUAAUUCUCUAUGCUCAUAUGCUUUCUUGCUUCAAGGAGUUAAAAGGCAUUGAAUUUUCUCUUCCUUCUGUACUCAAAGCAUGCGGCAAAUCGCGCUCAUUCGAGGAAGGGCGGCAAGUUCAUGCCCAAAUCUUGAAAACCCAUUUCCGUUUUGACCCGUUUGUGUCCAAUUCGGUGAUUCGGAUGUACGAGGAGAUCGGCGAGAUUGAGUUUGCGAGAAGGGUGUUUGACAAAAUGUUUGACAGAGAUGUGAUUUCUUGGAAUUCGAUGAUUAAGGGUUACCUGAGGGCAGGAGAGAUUGAGUUGGCGUGUGGGCUAUUCAAUGAGGCGCCUGAAAGGGACGUGGUUACGUGUAAUGCAAUGAUCGAUGGGUAUGGCAAGAAUGGAAAGUGUGAGCUUGCUGAGGAGGUUUUCAGGAUGAUGAGUGAUAAGGAUGUGGUUUCUUGGACAUCGAUGAUAUCGGCGUAUGUACUUGAUCAUCGUCCGAGGCAAGCAUUGGAUUUAUUCAGGGAAAUGUUGAGCCUGGGAGUAAGACCUGAUGCCGCUGCUCUUGUUAGUGUUCUUUCAGCUAUAGGCGACUUGGGUUUUGUUGAGGAAGGUAAAUGGAUACAUAAUUACAUAUCUGCCAAUAAGAUUACAUUGAAUCCUGGAUUUAUUGUAUCAGCUCUUAUUGACAUGUACAGUAAAUGCGGGCAUAUAGAAAAUGCCUAUCAUGUCUUUAGAUGUGUAUCUCAUAGGAAAAACAUUGGGGAUUGGAAUUCUUUUAUAUCUGCCCUUGCAACCCAUGGUCUUGGCCAAGAAGCUCUUGAGAUCUUCCUUGACAUGGAAAGAAAGGAAAUUGAGCCUGACGAAAUCACAUUCUUAGGACUCUUAAGUGCUUGUAGCCAUGGAGGUAUGGUCGAUGAGGGUCAAUAUUAUUUUAAAAUCAUGCAAGAAAAGUACAAUAUUGUUCCUAAGAUUCAACACUAUGGUUGCUUGGUUGAUCUCUACGGCAGAGCAGGGCUUUUAGAGGAUGCACUUGGGGUUAUACAGACUAUGCCCAUGGAGGCUGAUGUUUUAGCUUGGAAGGCUAUUCUUAGUGCCAGCACAAAGCAUGGCAAUGUUGCAAUAGGUGAAAAUGCUGCCUUCAAAGUAAUGGAUUUAGCCCCAGAAGACUCAAGUUGUUACAUUCUUCUCUCCAACAUCUAUGCCAAGGCCAGGAGAUGGGAUGACGUCGCCAAGGUUAGAUUAAUGAUGAAACAGAGAGGGGUUAGAAAGAUACCUGGAUGCAGUUCAAUCCUUGUUAAUGGAAAGGUUCAUGAGUUCCUUGUAAGGAAGGAAAUGGAUAUGAGAAAUGAUAGUGAGGUUCUCUCUAAGAUAGAGGAGAUGGUCUCUAGGCUAAAGUUGGAAGGCUAUGAGCCUGACCUGACCCAAGUUCUACUAGAUAUUGAAGAGGAAGGGAAAGGAAGCUCGCUUUGUCAUCACAGUGAGAAGAUGGCACUUGCAUUUGGGCUUAUAAACGUUAGAAAUGGUGCUCCUAUUCAUAUUGUGAAGAAUUUGAGGAUUUGCUGUGAUUGUCAUUCCUUUAUCAAGCUGGUUUCUAGGGUUUACAACCGUCGGAUUGUUGUGAGAGACCAAAACCGUUUCCAUCACUUUGAGGAUGGUUCCUGCUCCUGCAAAGGCUAUUGGUAA